AUGGCGUCGGAUCAGGAAACUACGCAACAAUCUGCUGCGAAAGAAGAUCGGAAAAAGCGUCGAAAGCGACGAUGGGGAGCUGCCGCACCCGAGGCGGCUCCAGCUCCCGCCCCGCCCUCUGCUGCUGCUGCCCCCUUGGAUGCCCGAGCCAAAGCGUUGGCACUGCAAGAGAGUAUCCGUGCCAAACUGGCAGCCCUCAAGAACAAACAACAACAACCCGCUUUGCCCGCCAAACGAACCGCUGAAAGUGAUGCUGCUCCAGCGUCCAAAAAGGCCCGAAUCUUUGAACUCGACUUUAACGAGACGGCUCCAACCUUUCAGAAGGAACAAGAACAAGUCGUGACGACUCUCAAAAAGAAAAAGGUGAAUCCCUACUUGAGUACUCCUGAUGUUGCAGAAGGAGGGCAAGCCGAAGGAGAAGAAGAGCAAGAUGAACAGAUGGAUGAACGUUUGGUUCGCGCUAGCAAGCCUCGGUCGCGCCACAAGACCAUGAACUUUAUCGAACCAGGAACCUUUGUGGAAAUUGCCGAACGAAAACGACAAAGGGCUGUCAAUGCAGCAGCCUCGGGAUUUACCAGUGGACGCAAGACGGGGCAGUUCGUAACACAGGCUACCAUGGCGCAAGUCUAUGGUGGCGGAGGCGGCGAAGAAGAUCAUUCCUUUCUGCAUCCCAGUUUGUUGCCAGAAAGGGCCGAACAUCGCUACGAUCACAUGCCGCUCGUCAUGGAAUGGUGGGACAUGGACCUGCUGCCUUCCAAAUUGAAAAAAUCGGUCGCGCAGCACGAAGGAAAAGCCUUGUCCGCACAAACCCAGGCGCAACUGCAGCAAUUGGGAGGAAAUGAUAAUAGUACUAUCAAGACGGAGGAAUCGGACAAGAUGGGUGAUGAUGACAAGGAUGAUGAUGAUCAAGAGAAAAAGAUGCCCGCGAAACCAUCUCCAAAACCAUUGCAAGAAUUGAGGACUUCGUGUUUCGAACAGGCCGCUCUGUCGUACUCCAAAACUGCCGCGUUGGUCCAACACAUUGUCCCGAUGAAACCACCUCAUGCCAGCAACGACGACGAUGAAGCCAAAAAUAAACCAGUCCUGUAUCUGACCAAGCGAGAACUGAAGCGACAACGCAAACUGCGUCGAGAAGUAAAGCAACGAGAGUUGCGGGAUCGCCAAGCAGCGGGUCUAGAAGCGCCACCGGAACCUCGAUUGACGCUCAAAAACUUUAUCCGGGUUCUGGGAGAUCAAGCCUAUUUGGAUCCCAGUCAAAUGGAACAAAAGGUGAUGGAACAAAUUCAAGCCCGCCAGAGGGCGCACUUGGAACGAAACCAAGCCAACAAGUUGACCAAAGAACAACGGGCUGCGAAAAAGAAUCAAAAAUUGCAACAAGAUGCCAACCAGGGUGCCACCAAAGUUGCCUUGUUCUUUGUCCAGGACAUGUCACACCCUUACCACCGCGCCAAGGUGGAUCUCAAUGCCCAGCAGAAUAUGAUCACCGGUGGUGUCUUGGAAUGUGAAAAUCCAUCCCUUGCAUGUGUCAUUUGCGAAGGCGGACAAAAAGCUAUUCAACGCUACAAACGGCUCAUGUGUGUUCGUAUGAAGUGGACCGGAACUGGUGAAGAUGACGACGAGGACGACGACGAAGAGAUGCCAACCGAAGAAGGGGCGGAAGAGGCGGCCCCAACACACAAAUUCAACAAGGACAAUCGUUGUGCGUUGGUCUGGGAAGGUCUUGUAGUAAAACGAUCCUUUCCCAAUUUUGUCUUUCAAUCCUGUGAAACAGCCGCCCAGGCCAGGAAGGUGUUGAAGGCCAAGGGAGUCGAACACUACUGGGACCAGGUCAUGGAGCACGCAAGAGGAGCCAAGAAGGGAUUCCAACUAAAGUUGGUGGACAGCGAUGAUGAUGAUGACGACGAUGGCAGCGACAACGGAGGAGGAGAAGUGGAAGCCAUGGACGAAGAGAGCUAG